AGCGCUGGUAGUGCACGUUGACGGAUCUUGAUCAUGGCUUCUGAAGUUUACACAGUGGAUAUGGUGCUUCAAACUCAUGUCAGGGGUAUAUUAGAUGCCGUUGUUAACGUGUUAGUUGAGGAAAUGACUGAUAUUUUUCGUACAUGCUUUGCAUUGGAGCAAAAUGGUGGAUCUCAUGCGGGUAGUUACAUUGGCUUUACAGACCCCGCAGAGCUCCAGCACAGACUAAGGAAAAGUCUUAAAAGUAUCCGACAGUCGGGUCCAUCGCCAGGGUGUGAUAAGCCGCUUUCCACCGCCAUAAGGACACCAACCCCCCCUAGUGUCAGCAGACAAGCCAGCCGUCAGGUCCUUCCUCAGUGCAGUUCAGCUCAUGAUGUGUAUGUGGCAGACUCCAAGGUAAUGACUGACCUGCCUGUUGUCAUUGAAACGUUUGCUGAUGCCCAUACCUUGUUUUCUUCGCUGACCUCUGGUCAGAAUGAAAGGGAGGUGCAACAUGGGCUGCUUGAAUUGGGAUCACAGGCGCCUCUGACAGUGCAUGCUCAAACAGAGUGUAAAGUAGAGCUAGAAGAGGAAAAGCCAUUGACCGCUCAGACGCCAUCAGAGGAACACAUUUUACACUCGGGCAGCGAAGGAGAGUCAAGGUUAACUGACAGUAGCACACCACCCACAGAGGGGAGUGUGAGCUCUCUAAGUGCCUUUCCUCUCAAGAUGGAGGUGGAAGCCACACCCAGCAUCGCACAGUUGGAUAAAAGUGAGGGAGCAAGUGAGGCUGAGAUUGUGGAUGUCACUCCACCUCAGCCCAGCACCCCAGAUGGUCAUCUCGCCUGCCCUACAGAGUCAGGAAAAUCACCUGACCAUGAAGCGCCUGCGGUUGUCAUAAUGGGGGCAAGUGAUGUCAGGAAGGGACUGGAGGAGGUGAAGAGGUGGCCGAAUAAAGAUGAGGAGGAGGAUGAAAAGGAGGUGAAGGAGGAGGAAGAUGGGUCCUAUGAUAUGAAGGCCUGCUUGUCAGGGUCGAAGCCCAACAUAACACUAAGAUCAUCUGGCUCAAUAGUGAAGGUGGGCGCUGAACAAGUAGAGAGAGCAGGAAAAAAAGGAGGAAUUGUACCUCUUCUACCUAGCUGUCCAUCUACACAAUUCAUCAGCCUACCGCUGCCCUCUUGUUCCGUGCAACUGGACCGCUUACCCCCGCGCUUGACCCUCAAGAAGAAAACCCUUCUCGUCUGCCAGGACUGCACCAAGGUCUUCCGCUGUGUCAAGUCUCUGCACAAACACCGGCGCUUCCACUCCGGUGAGACACCGUUCCACUGCCCGCAGUGCCCCAGGAAGUUCAUCCUGCGCAAGAGCCUGCGGCGCCACCUCCGGCGGCACACGGGCGAGAAGCCGUACAGGUGCCCACAUUGUGGCAAGGCCUUUCGACUCCACAAGGGGCUGGAGAAGCACAUGCACGGCAACUCCAGACCCGGGCCGUGUUAGUUUGGAUACAGAGAACCAUUGCAAGAGUCGCUUUGAAGGAGGAAUUGCACUCAAUAUGCCAAUGUGAGUCUGUCUCUGAUUUAUUUUUGUGUCUCUGUGUGUUGCAUUAUAUGUGUAUGAGAGAGUUAUACAUAUUUCUUCAAAGGUUUCUUUUUUUCCAUACACACUCUGUUUAACAAAGAGGAAGUUGUGUUUUCAUCCCAAUUGUAUGGAUGAGGUGCAAAUAUUGCACUCAAUCAUGGCUGUUGAAUGCCACUGGACCUUUAAUGUUAAAUCCUAAGUAGAAGGAUAUUUAGCCAUUUCCUAGCUAAUGUUCUUUUUAAUGUGAGACCCUGACAACUUAUGUUCUAAAUGUAUUUAUGUUUACCGGGGAAAUGUACAACACUGUAAUCCAGAACCUUAUUUUCUGCCUAUGUUCACCAUUUCAUCAGACUUUUUUCCCAAACAAAAACUCUUCGGACAGUUCAUGUGAUUUGUAGUAGUUGGUUGUUAGUAAUACUGUAUAUGACACAGAUUGUUUUUGCCAUUGUUUAAAUACAUUUACUCUUACUUAAUAAUUUAUGUUUAUUCAUGCCUUGCAUUGAAGAACUUGAUAUGGUAAGAUGUGUACUGUAGUUGACCAUGUCCAUAAGAAGCAGUCUGUAAAAUAAGUGCAGUACUACAUUGUAAACUCAAUAAGCCUAUUCAGUCAAGGAAAGGGACAUAACUGGAUAUAACUUCUUCUUUUAUUUUGUAACUAAAGAAUUAAGAAACUAAGGAAUUAUUAUUUAUUUUAUUUUCCAUCAGAAUCAUUAUGUUCAUAGAAUGCAGUAUUUGGUACACAAUAACGGGCUGUUCAAAGUAUUGGUUGUAUUGUUAAAACAUAACACAUUGCAAUAUCAUUACAUUUCAGACAAUUCAAAAUGUUUCAUGUAAAAGCUAUAUAAAAUAAUGAGGGAUAUGAUUACACUCACUGCAAUAUAUGUACAGGUCUCACAAUGAAUAAAGGUAAACAAAAGGGAAUCCAAGGCACUCUUCUUAAAAAUUAUUUUAAAAACCUUUAUUUUACUGGCUAUGUCACAACAGAAAAUGUAAAAAGAUAUAGGGAAAAGCAACCCGUGUGUAGCGGGGCAAACAGCUUUCUUCAGGGUGUGCUUCCCAGACAAACAAUAGACCUCUGAAGUUCCCCCUACAAAAAGCUGCCAUCUUUGACAUCCGGUAUCUGGCGAUUUUUCCUAUGGGAAAAUAACGUGGGGAUUUUGAAUAAUCGCACCUGUUAAAGUCUCGUGGGGAUGAAAAAGUCUGAAAUGCAGACGUUUUCCUGAACACACUUUUGUCCUCUGCCUUCGAGUGAAUACUGUGACUCCGGUAAGUGAAGGCGGCACACUUAGAUUUUUGCUAGCCCAGACCUAACUUGCAAUGCAAUUUGCCAUAGGUAGUUAGCUUCAAUUAACAACCGGAUCUCCUUAUAUGGGCAAAUAUGGCCGUUUUGGAUCUUUUUUGUAGGCGAACUUCAGAGGUCUAUUUCCCCUCUUGUGUAGGCUAAUUGGUAACACCUGAGUGACAUGGUGAGCUACCACAUGAAACAUACCAAAACACUCCACUAGGUGGCUGGUUGUAAAUGUUCACAUGAAAAAGAACAA